AUGGACAAAUGUGUGCCGGCGGAAUUUACAGGCAGCCCAAUUGUGAAUAUAUUGGCAUCGACAGCGAAAGAAGCGCACCCGAAGCCACCUCCGAAUUUCAAAGCCGGCCUAAAAGUUAUGAAAAAAUCCACAGCGGUGCAAUGCGACAGGCGCGUCGCAGCAGCAAAGGACAAAAAUAAGAAUCCACACGCUGAAGCGCUAUUGGCUGACAAGGAGCGAAAUUGGGAGAAUGUAAAAACUGGCAGCGAGAAAGGCAUGACACUUUUGGAGCAGAUCGUUCGCACACACCCGAUUUGGUACUUGCAACAUGUUGGACGUUCCGCUGCCGCUCAUUUGCUUCGUCCAAUGAAUGAAGGGGCAUUCAUUGUACGUUCAUCUUCGAAAGCAAAUGCAAUGGCGCUGAGCAUCCGUUUGCCACCGGGUUUGUCUUCCGACAUUGAUCAUUACUUGAUUGAAUCAGCAGGUCCGGACCGAAGUGUACGCUUGGAAUCAUCUGCUUACUCCUUCCGGUCACUUCCGUUGCUUAUUGAACAUUACUGCCUCAAUGGUGAAGAAUUGCAAACGAAUCUCAUCUUUCCGCCAGCAAUCGCAAAUUGUCGAAGCAGCAUGCAACUACAGAGUCUGGCAUUGAUGGGUCAAGGUUAG